AUGCUUGGAUUGGUGAAACAUGACCAAGGACAAUACAAGCAAGCAGUUUCACUUUACAAAAAAGCACUCAAAAUCUACAGAAAAUCUCUCCCAGAAGAUCAUCCGACAUUAGCCAAUAUGUACAAUAAUAUAGGCCUUGCGUACAAUGACAUGGGUGGCUACUCGAAAGCACUGCAAUUUCACGAAAAAACAAGUAGAAUCAAAGAAAAAGCUCUGUCUCUGAAUGAUCCUGAUUUGGCUCUUUCCUACAACAAUAUCGGUGGAGUGUAUAACUCCAUGGGCAACUACUCGAAAGCACUGCAAUUUCAUAAAAAAGCACGUAAAGUAGCUGAAAACGCCUUGCCUCCGAAUCACUACGAUUUGGCUAUUUCCUACAGUAAUAUCGGUGGAGUGUAUAAUAUGAUGGGUGAUUAUUCGAAAGCACUGCAAUUUCAUGAAAAAGCACGUAAAGUAGCUGGAAAGGCCUUGCCUCCGAACCACCCCGAUUUGGCUAUUUCCUACAGUAAUAUCGGUGGAGUGUAUAAUAUGAUGGGCGAACAUUCGAAAGCGCUUGGAUUUUAUGAAAAAGCACAUCAAAUUAUCGAAAAAACCUUGUCUCCGAAUCAUCCUAAUUUGGCUACUUCCUACGGCAAUAUCGGACUACUGUAUGAGGACAUGGAUAACUACUCGAAAGCACUAUAUUUUUACAAAAAGGCACAUACAAUAGCUGAAAAAGCCUGGCCUCCGAAUCAUCCCGACAUGGCUAUUUCCUACGAUAGCAUCGGUGGCGUGUAUAAAGCUAUGGGCAAUUACUCGAAAGCACUUGAAUUUUAUGAAAAAGCACAUAAAAUCUACGUAAAAGCUGAGCCUCCGAAUCAUUCGAAUUUGGCUACUUCCUACAACAACAUCGGUACGGCAUAUUUCGGAAAGGAUGACUACUCAAAAGCCCUUCCAUUUCUAGAAAAGGCACUUUCUAUCUUCCAAAAAUUGUUUCCACUGACGCAUCCUCAUAUUGAAACAUUGGCAGAUAAAAUUAACAAUCUAAAAACGAAGAUGUAA